UUCACACUUCAUCCCUUCUAUGGCGCUGCUGCCUCCUCUCGACCUCGCUGCGGUCGCCCGCGUCCCCUCCGUCGCCCGUGCUAGGCCGGGUUCGCGCACCACCGCCUCCGCAUCCCCGUCGCCAACGGCGACGCUGCUCACCGGCGAGCGCCUCGUGGUCUUCCUCUUCACGACUCCGGUGCACCUCGCCGUGUUGCUCGUGAUCCUCGUGGCGGCCGCCCUCGUCGUCGAGCUCGCCCAGGACGGCUCCAGAUGUGCCCCGCUUCGCUCGUCCCUCCCCCAAGGAGCCGAGAGGCUAAGCCCAUGCGCUUCGGCCGUUGCUGACCGCAGUAGUGCGCCGCACUGCGGGGCCUCCAUGUCGCCAUGGAUGAACGCGACGUCUCCAUGGAUGUCACACUCCAGCGUCAGCUACAGGGAAUCCUCAACGCCCAGGGCCACGGAUACUCGCUUCCAUAGCUCCUGGUCGGGGGCACGCUCGUCGGCGGCGCUGACGAGAUCUGCCGGCUGCACGAGUCCGGCGAGCUCCGACACGUCCUUGAAGGCACUCCCAGGCAGGACCCUGCCUUCGUCUACAAUGCAUGUGGCAAGUUCCGGUUUGUGGCCUGCCCCGCUUGUGUUCGUGGAGGAAGAGGGAUGGACCCGCCGCUGCCUAGAGUGCAACGAGAACGGCAUGGCACGCUGUCCUAAUUGCUGUUCUUGAUAGCUUGUUUAAAUUGUUGGUUGUAGCAUAUACAAGAACCAAAGGAUUGUUUGAUUAGAUGUAGUGGAGAGAGCGAAGGAGCCUUUCUUAUGUUCUUGGGCUGCUGUAUAUUGUGAACGCAGUUGGAGGAUGGGUAUUGGGUAUGCUGUCAGUGUUUUGAGAGGAUAGCGAAUGAGUU